AUGCCCUCAGCCGGCCGUUCUCGUUCGGCCCAUUCCAAAACCUCUGAAACCAGCGCCGACACAUCGUCGCCAAGGAAGAGAAGCAAGGACGGCGACCAGUCGAAGUCGUUUGAACCCCCAACUUUUACCAUAGACCUGUCGCUGCCCCCUCGGGAAAGACACCGCGAGAUAUGCCGCAUAUUCCGAGAAGAGCUCCAAACCCUGGUGCCAUUGUACGACGAGAUCAUGUCUUACAUGCCGUUUCCUCGCUUGUUCCGAGCGGCGGCGAAGAUGGCGCUGAGACGCGUGGCAUCGCGGGAGGAGACAGAGGAGAUGCUUGGGAUCGUGGAAGAAACUGGGAUACCGAGGCAUCUGGUUGUGGCAUAUAACACAUUCCUGGAUAUCAUGUCUGGCUGUGUGAGUGGCGGCGUAAGGGUAUGCGACGCGGGACUAGACGGGAGGACCGAAGGAGUCGUUCACUUUCGUGGUUUGGAUUGGGAAAUGGAGCAGUUGCGAGCAUUGACGAUUUGCAUUGAAUAUGUGCGUGGAGGAGAGGUCGUUGCUAGAUCAGUUUCUUACGCAGGUUACACUGGGGUGCUAACCGGAGUCAGACAAGGACUUUCCAUGUCACUGAAUUACCGAAUGAGGAUCCUCUCUCCGUCGUCCCAAAUCUCCCAUCGAAUACACCAAUUAGCCCUUCUGUUUGGUCUGCGCCCUUCGCUCUCAUCGUACCUCAGAGAAAUCCUUUUGGCACCAGGGAAAGCCCCGCGACCUCGCUCUAUAAUAGCAGCUGUCCCGAAAUUCUACAGUUCGCCAAGCUACCUCGUUUUCUGCACUCCUUCUACUGCACUUUUACUCGAGAAGGAUCUGCAAGGUGCUACGGUGUACGUUGGUGACGGUGUGAGUGGCGGUGAGAGACUCGGGUCGCAGGAGGGCGAGUACCUCAUCGUCGCAACUAACCACGACUGUCAUAUGGAAUCGUGGAGCAAGGCACAGUGGAAGAAGGCCAUCGAUUCCCAUGGCGAAAUAGUAGAAGGUCUCAGCAAGGGCAUACUGGAAGAUAGCAUCGAGAGAAAGCAGACCGUGGUGGAUAUGUGGCAAAGGAAAAUCAAGCGGACACUAGGAAGACGGCCAGAUUCUCCAGCUGUGGAUCUGCUGCAGGUGAGGGAUGUACAGAAGUGGUUGCAGAGGAAGCCAGUCCUCAACGAAUGCACCCAUUUUUCUUGCAUCAUGGACCCAAGUGUCGAAGGCGGAGGCCUUCUUUGGGUUCGGUCAUAUAGCGAGCCAGUCGACAUGAGCAAGCGGUAG